AUGUCCAUCAUUCAGCAGCACACCAGCGCCACCCUGAGUGACGCCUGGCGCACCAUCAACAUUGAUGCCCUGACCGAGGAUUCGAGCGUCAACUUCGACACCACCACCUUGCAGCCCGCUCAGCCCGAGGUCACGGAGCCCGAGGUGCGACAGCUGUCCAACCAGGUUCGCCAGCUUCUCCGGGGCGGUGAUGCCGAGGGUGCGUUGAGGGGAGCUCUCGACAUGCCAGUCUACAAUGGUACCGAGGGAGCCAAGGACAUGUACCUUCAGACCAUCAUCGAGGUCCUCCAGUCCAUCAAGGCUAGUGAGAUGACACCCCUCCUGAAGAACAUCUACGCCUCUGACGGAGGUAGCGAGGCUCUCGACGUGCUGAUGAAGUGCAUCUACAAGGGAAUGGGAUCGGGAUCCCCCAAGGCUUCCAGGACCCCCGGCAAGAUGACGCCCGAGUCUACCGGCGGCUUCACCCAGGUGGCCUCGCGACCCGGAGCCAACGAGUCCACUUCGGCGGCCAUGAGCGUGCUGCUCAGCUGGCACGAAAAGGUGGUCGAGGUUGCUGGUCUAGGGUGCAUCGGAAGGACUAUGACGGACUGGCGCAGGGUUUAA